AUGCCAUCGAGACAGUCCACUGUUCCGAAUUUAGAUCUUAGCACUUCCACUCUGCAGGCGGAUGCGAAGAUCUCGUCUCCACUGACGCCCGGUGCCCAAAGCUCCGAGGGGCCAAGUCCCCUGACACCCCGUUCCCCCAAGUCAUCAUCGAGCUCGCCCUUUUUCAAAGGGGCCACUAUCAGACCCGUCACACAAGAUUCCAACAGCAAGUCGAGUAGCCCUACGUUCCCAGCAACCUCUCCGGGUAUUGCCCCUGCGGAACCAGCUACUCCGGGUAUAACGGCUAUACCCCAGUAUCCUCCUUCCCCGAAAGACACCCCUAAGCACACGCGUGAUCAGUCACGCUCUUUCUUUGCGAACCUCAAAGCACCAAAGUCAUCACACAGGGCCCAACGUUCGGAUAGCUCAGGGAAUUCGGGCGAAAAGCCCAAGAGCCGCGGCAGUUCCAGGGACCGUAAAACCCAGAUCUCAACAAAAUUCUACGAAUCAACACCUGAUCUGCCAGGUGCUAUUGAGCGGGCAGCUCAAGAAGAGAAUCGCCAUUCAAUAGGUGGUGAUCGUGCUGAGGAGAAGUGUCCCCAACCAGCAGAAGUGAAGAAGGUGGGUACGGAGUCGGACGCCUUCAACCUAGCCAAGAAGAACAAGCCACGCUUUGCAAACCUCCUCUCUCGCUCCCGCUCGAUUAGGCUGGACGACUCGUCUAUGAACAGGAUAGCACAUCGACGCCCAUCCACUAGCCUGAUGAGGCUGGAAGAGAACACCCGGAGGGAGGUGCAAGAGCCUCCGAAGACUGCCCCACGUCAUGAGCGUAAUAUCAGGACGGCUGGGAAUCCUACGGCUCGCAGUUAUACCGCCGACCGACCCGCAGAAUACCAUAACGGUCAUAUGCGUAAAGAUAAAUACUAUGCGGGAUCGAUGGUUCCGUCCGCCUCACUAAGCCAGGUGUCAGGCGCAUCCGCUGCGCUAUUCAAUAACCUCAAACAAUCGUCAAGUGGCGCCGCUGAUCGUAUCGGCAAGGCUGGGAAGGGUUUCUUCGGCAAGAUUACCAGGAGCGGGAGCACGAAUGAGCGGGAGCUCGUCAAUGACGACAAUUAUGUUUGCUCAGUCAUCAACCUGCCACUCAUACAACAGGCAAGGCGGACUCGCAUCGCAAAGCGACUUGAAGAUUGUAGAGACAAAACCGAGUUCUGGAUGCCUGCUCUACCUUACCGCUGCGUCGACUACCUCAAUUUCAAGGGAUGUGAAGAAGAGGGACUCUACCGAGUCCCGGGAAGCGGGAAAGAGGUGAAACACUGGCAAAGACGUUUCGAUACAGAACUUGACAUCAACCUUUUCGAUGUGCCAGACCUCUAUGAUAUUAACACUAUUGGCUCGAUGUUCAAGGCCUGGCUUCGUGAAUUGCCAGAUGAGCUCUUCCCCAAGGAGACACAAGCCUUAAUCGCUGAGAAAUGCGAGGGUGCAACGACCGCGCCACAAAUGCUGAAAGAUGAACUUUCCAAGUUGCCGCCUUAUAACUAUUACCUUCUUUUCGCCAUCACCUGUCACCUAAACCUCCUGCACUCCUAUGUCGACCAGAACAAAAUGGACUACCGCAACCUUUGCAUUUGCUUCCAGCCUUGCAUGAAGAUUGAUGCAUUCUGCUUCCACUUCCUGGUCUGCGACUGGAAGAACUGCUGGCAAGGCUGCUGGACAGAGAAAGAAUAUCUUCAAAUUGAGAAGGAAAUGGAUGAAAAGGAAAAGGCGGCCCAGGAGAAGGAUGAAGCACAACACCAGCAACCUCGUCAAGCUCAUGAGAGCCACGAGAGGGCUGUCUCUUCCGGUAGCAGCCAACCUGAACAGGAAGAAGAGCCACCGCGCCCCGAAGUACCGAAGAACCGCAAGCAGAGACCAAAGAACAUUGAGACCUCGCAUACGAGAAGCAUAUCACAGCUUCCCGAACUCGGCCCCCCACUUUCCCCGAUCCAGAUCUAA